AAGCGGGCGGGGGGCAUGGAGUCCCGGGAGGAGCUGGGGGAGCAGACCGAAGCGGGAGACCAAGGCCAGGGAGACUGGGCGCCUCGCGAGGAAAAAGGGGAGCGAGGGGUGCGGGGUUCGAGGGCGGAGAGAGGCCCCUCAGGCGAGAGUUGGGAGCACGGGGAUUGUGGGGAGCGUGGUCCCAGGUCAGAGAAGGCCGAGCGGGGUGCCAAGGGGGAGCGAGGGGCUCCCAGGGGCGACAAGGCUGAGCAAGGGGAUGGGGGUCCCCGGGGAGAUCGAGCUCUUCGGCCUCCCAGAGGGGCGGACCAGGCGGACCGGGGGUUGUGGGGGGCAGAGCAAGGCGAGUGGGUGGAGCGUGGCCCGGCCUGGGCGGGGGAAGCCGAACCCCCGUUGCCCCCCGAGGAUUUCUUGCCGCCGCCCGAGUGUCCCGUCUUUGAGCCCAGUUGGGCUGAAUUCAGCGACCCACUAGGUUACAUUGCGAAAAUCCGGCCCAUCGCAGAGAAGAGCGGCAUCUGCAAGAUCCGCCCUCCUGCCGACUGGCAGCCUCCUUUUGCUGUGGAAGUGGAUAACUUCCGGUUUACCCCACGAAUACAGAGGCUCAAUGAACUAGAGGCACAGACCAGAGUGAAGCUGAACUAUUUAGACCAGAUUGCAAAGUUUUGGGAAAUCCAAGGUUCUGCACUGAAAAUCCCCAAUGUAGAGAGGCGAAUCCUUGACUUGUACAGCCUCAGCAAAAUUGUGAUGGAGGAAGGUGGAUAUGAAGCCAUCUGCAAGGAUCGCCGGUGGGCACGAGUGGCUCAACGCCUUUCCUAUCCAUCGGGGAAGAACAUUGGAUCCCUUCUUCGCUCCCACUAUGAGCGCAUAAUCUACCCUUAUGAAAUGUACCAGUCCGGUGCCAACUUGGUGCAGUGCAAUACCCAUCCAUUUGACAAUGAAGAGAAAGACAAGGAGUAUAAGCCACACAGCAUCCCAUUGCGCCAAUCAGUUCAGCCAUCCAAGUUCAACAGCUAUGGGCGCCGGGCCAAGCGUCUGCAGCAGGAGGAAUCCGAAUCGUGCCUUGAGCCUCCCAGCGCCCCAGCUCUGUUACCUGAGCGAGCGCCUCAAGCAUGGCCAGAGCCAACAGAGGAAGACAUUGAGAAGAAUCCAGAACUGAAGAAACUCCAGAUUUAUGGUGCUGGGCCUAAAAUGCUCGGUUUGGGGCUUGUGGCCAAGGACAAGAAUAUGCGCAAGAAAGACAAGGAGAUGCCUGAGUGCCCUCCAACAGUGAUAGUGAAAGAGGAAGCCCCUGUUCCAGAGACUAAGCUGGAGCCCACAUCACCCCGACGCUAUGCAAACAUGAAGGAGGAGCUGAGGCACAGUCCAGAACCUUGCACCAAGAUGACAAUGCGCCUACGUCGCAACCACAACACUCAGUUUAUUGAGUCUUUUGUUUGUCGUAUCUGUGCACGGGGAGAUGAGGAUGACAAGCUCUUGUUAUGUGAUGGCUGUGAUGACAACUACCACAUCUUCUGCCUAUUGCCCCCCUUACCUGAAAUUCCAAAAGGCGUCUGGAGGUGUCCUAAAUGUGUCAUGGCGGAAUGCAAACGCCCCCCAGAGGCUUUUGGGUUUGAGCAGGCCACUCGAGAGUACACACUACAGAGCUUUGGCGAGAUGGCAGAUUCUUUCAAGGCGGACUAUUUCAAUAUGCCUGUACAUAUGGUGCCAACAGAGCUGGUGGAAAAGGAGUUCUGGCGCUUAGUUAACAGCAUUGAAGAAGAUGUAACAGUGGAGUAUGGGGCUGAUAUCCAUUCCAAGGAAUUUGGAAGUGGCUUCCCCAUCAAUGAUGGCAAAAGGCAGCUCUCUCCAGAAGAAGCGGAGUAUGCAGCUAGCGGCUGGAACCUCAAUGUGAUGCCAGUGCUGAAGCAGUCAGUGCUAUGCCACAUAAAUGCUGAUAUUUCGGGCAUGAAGGUUCCGUGGCUCUACGUGGGCAUGGUGUUCUCUGCUUUCUGCUGGCACAUCGAGGAUCAUUGGAGUUACUCUAUUAACUACCUCCACUGGGGUGAGCCCAAAACCUGGUAUGGGGUUCCAUCAUUUGCUGCUGAACAUCUGGAAGACGUAAUGAAGAAGCUGACCCCAGAACUGUUUGAGAGUCAACCAGACUUGUUGCACCAGUUGGUGACGCUCAUGAACCCCAACACACUCAUGGCUCAUGGGGUCCCAGUUGUCCGAACCAACCAGUGUGCUGGAGAGUUUGUCAUUACCUUCCCUAGAGCCUAUCACAGUGGUUUCAACCAGGGCUAUAACUUUGCUGAAGCAGUAAACUUCUGUACUGCUGACUGGUUGCCAGCUGGUCGUCAGUGCAUUGAGCACUACCGCCGCCUCCGUAGAUAUUGUGUGUUCUCACAUGAGGAGCUUAUCUGUAAGAUGGCUGCUUGCCCUGAGAAGCUGGACCUGAACUUAGCAGCUGCUGUGCACAAAGAGAUGUUUAUUCUGGUGCAAGAGGAGCGCAAAUUGCGCAAGGCUCUUCUUGACAAGGGUAUCACGGAGGCAGAGCGGGAGGCCUUUGAGCUGCUCCCAGAUGAUGAGCGCCAAUGUGACAAGUGCAAGACAACCUGUUUCUUGUCAGCACUAGCUUGCUAUGAUUGUCCAGAUUGUCUUGUCUGCCUCUACCACAUCAAUGACCUCUGCAAGUGCCCCAGCAGCAAACAGUACCUCAGGUAUCGGUACACUCUGGAUGAGCUCCCAGCCAUGUUACACAAGCUGAAGGUUCGAGCAGAGUGCUUUGACAUGUGGGCCAACAAGGUUCGAAUUGCUUUGGAAGUCGAAGAUGGACGCAAAAGAACCUUGGAGGAAUUGCGUGCCCUAGAGUCUGAGGCGCGUGAGAGGAAGUUUCCUGAGAAUGAGCUCCUUCAUCGACUCAAAAGCUGCUUGAGUGAAGCAGAGAAGUGUGUCUCAGAGGCCCUGGGUCUGAUAAGCAGCCAAGAAACUGGGGAACCAUCAGUCCAUAUGACAGUGGAAGAAUUACGUGUUUUCCUAGAGCAAAUGAGCAACUUGCCUUGUGUCAUGCACCAAAUCAAAGAAGUCCAGGGUGUGUUGGAGAAGGUGGAAGCUUUCCAAGCUGAGGUUCAGGAAGCUCUACAGGAUCUCCCAGGCAACUCCCCAGAGCUGCACAGACUGCUGGCUCAGGGAACAUGCCUAGGGGUGGAGGUGCCAGAGAUGGAACUACUGGAGAGACAGGUGCAACAGGCUGUCUGGCUGGAGGAGGUCAAGCAGACUCUACGUUCACCCCAAGAUAAAGUCACUCUAUCUGUUAUGAGAGCACUCAUCACCUCUGGUUGUGGGGUUGCACCUAGCCUUGCUGUGGACAAAGCCAUGGCUGAACUACAGGAGUUACUCACUAUUGCCCAGCGUUGGGAGGAAAAAGCCCAGAUGUGCCUGGAGGCCAGGCAGAAGCACCCACCAGCUACACUAGAGGCCAUCAUCAAAGAGGCAGAGAACAUCCCAGUGCACCUUCCCAAUAUCCUGUCACUCAAGGAGGCUCUUUCUAAGGCACAGGCUUGGAUUGCUGAUGUUGAGGAGAUCCAGAAUGGAGAUCAUUAUCCUUGCCUGGAUGACCUGGAGGGGCUUGUAGCUGUGGGUAGGGAUUUGCCGGUGCGUCUGGAGGAACUGCGUCACUUAGAAGUGCAAGUGGCUACUGCACAUUCCUGGCGGGAAAAGGCCUCCAAAACCUUCCUCAAAAAGAAUUCCUGUUACACGUUACUUGAGGUGCUGUGCCCAUGUGCUGAUGCCGACUCGGACAGUGUCAAACGCACCAAGUGGCAGCGGGAGAAGGAACCAGGCCUAUACAAAUCUGAUACAGAAAGCCUGGGCCUCUCAGCACAAGACCUCAGGGACCCUGGCUCCGUUCAGAUCUUGGCCUUCAAAGAAGGCGAGCAGAAGGAGAAAGCGGGGAUCCUACGCCUACGUCAGUCAAAUGCCCAGAAGCCUGUGCCAUCAACGCACAGUCCUCCUGGGGGCCAGUACUGUGUAUGUUCCCAGCCUCCAAGCCCUGCUAUGCUGCAGUGUGAACUGUGUCAGGACUGGUUCCACACCACCUGUGUGACUUGGCCCCGCCUUGGCAACCCCCGCCCCUCUCCUGCAUGGUGGGAAUGGGAAGCAAAAUUCCUCUGCCCACUCUGCCAGCGCUCUCGCCGGCCCCGCCUGGAGACGAUCCUGGCUCUGCUUGUAGCCCUACAGAAGCUUCCUGUGCGACUGCCUGAGGGAGAAGCUCUACAGUGCUUGACAGAGCGAGCCAUUACAUGGCAGGACCGUGCCCGCCAGCUCCUAGCCUCCUCAGAAGUAGCAGCUGCCUUGGAGCGCCUGGCGGGGCUGCGGCAGCGACUGGUUGGAGAUUCGGCCAAGGAGGCAGGUGCUCUCAAAGAGAGCAGCUGUAAUGAACAGACCAAGGUUUCCUUGGAGAACGGAGACUCCACAGCUCCAGAAAAGAAUGGCUCCUGUGCCUCAGACCUGGAGACGCUCUGCUCUUACCUGCCACGGCUGCAGGGCCCUGUACUGGAGGUGACAGAUGCCAUUCGCCUACCCCUGGAGGAGCUGCUAAUGGAGGGAGAUCUUCUGGAGGUGACGCUAGAUGAGAGCCAGAGCAUUUGGCGCCUGCUGCAGGCUGCUUCUGUUCCCCAGCUCGACAAAUUCCACCAACUGCUAGAUCUGGAGCAAGCAGAGCGGCGUGGCACCCGUGGGAGAAGCCGAGACUCUGAGCGAAGGCGGAAGCGGAAGACAGAGCGUGGCGACUAUCCACCCUUGCCCAAGGAGGAAUUAGAGCCAAAGAAGAUCCGGGGGGCAGACCCAGCGCUGCCUCAGGGUGGGGCUCCCCCUGCAGCAGGCACAGAUUGCAGCCACAAUGGAGUUGGGCAGUUGUGACGGCUAGAUGAUGCCUGGAUUUCCCCUUCCUGGACUAUACUGCACUGCAAGGGACUCUGGCAGCCCCAUGUCACCCUGUUGGUUUGACUAGCACUCUGCAUGGGGGGGAGGCACCUAGUCCCAGAAGCUGGAGGCUACAAUCUCCCCCACCCGGACUCAGCACUGGCCCUGCACCAGACUAUUUUCAGAUGAUGUAAUAUUUCAUUUUCUUUUUUUCCUCCUUUUGUAUUGUUGAUACCUCGGCAGGGGGAGGCAUUGCAGGGGUCACCAUGGGCACCAAAUGCAGGACCCACCAGUUCCCUUUGGUGGAAGCAGCAGGGUGCACCCUGUUGCUGUAAGGACUAGAGCCUUGCAGAGACCUGUUGUGGGUGGCGAUAGCAGUGUGUGCUGGGAAAAUCCCCAGCUCCUUGCUUCUGGCAGUAAAAGGAGUCAGGUGCCCUCUUAAGGGCAGUGCCCUGCUCCUCGUACCAGCAUUCCCUAGAUACAACAGGGGCAGCGCCUCCUGUUGCACAGAGGGGCAGCUCUCCCCAAACACCCCUAUCCUCUUCCUGGUACCUAUUGGGUUUUAUAGGAACUGGGGUAACCACUUUGUUCUUUAGGGUGGUGGAAAGGGCAAGGAAUCUUCUCGUUCCACUCCACCCUGACCUUCCUACCCCCAGAUCAUGGGCCCCAUGCUGCCUCAGGCUCUGACACUAAAGUCUUUUUGUCUUUCUC